CCGCGCAAGUCCCCAAAUCCAGCUCCCUGUCCCCGGCGUCUCCAGGGUUCCCUGCCGCCGCUUCUGCGCCUCGAUCUUCCGUCUCUAGCGACCCUCCCUCCUUCCUCCAUGGCGUCGCUCCUGUGCUGUGGGCCGAAGCUGGCCGCCUGCGGCAUCGUCCUCAGCGCCUGGGGAGUGAUCAUGUUGAUAAUGCUCGGGAUAUUUUUCAAUGUCCAUUCCGCUGUGUUAAUUGAGGACGUUCCCUUCACGGAGAAAGAUUUUGAGAACGGCCCUCAGAACAUAUACAGCCUGUACGAGCAGGUCAGCUACAACUGCUUCAUCGCCGCCGGCCUCUACCUCCUCCUCGGCGGCUUCUCCUUCUGCCAAGUUCGGCUCAAUAAGCGAAAGGAAUACAUGGUGCGCUAGAGCGCAGCCCGGCUCUCCCUCCCCACCCCACCCCACCGUCUCUAUUUAAGGACUCCUCGGGCCCGUCUGUCCCCCCCCAUCUGGCGUCCUCCGGGGCCGAGUUACCCCCGGCAGGACCGCAUCCCGGGCCCUGCAAACCCCGGAGGGGGCCGGUGCUGACCGCGCCCUAGCCUGAACCACAAUAAAAAAAAAAAAAGCAGCGGUU